AUGCACUCUUGUGUGAAACAAUUGGAAGAACAUUUAGAUCUGGGUGCAAAUGAAGAUGUUCGAGUAGUAGGAAUUUAUGGGAUGGGUGGAAUAGGAAAGACCACACUUGCUACAGCACUGUUUCAUAAAAUCUCUCCUCAAUAUGAUGCUUGUUGUUACAUUGAUGAUGUAAGUAAAAUUUACAGGGAUUUUGGACCAGUGAGUUUGCAAAAACAACUCCUUUGUCAAACUCUAAACCAACGUAAUAUGGAGAUACAUAAUAUUUCCCAGGGCAUCAUGAUGGAAAGAAGUAGGUUAUCUCACUUGAAGGCACUUAUUAUUCUUGAUAAUGUUGACCAACUUGAACAACUUGAAAAAUUGGCUUUACUACCUACGCACCUAGGUGCAGGGAGUAGAGUUGUCAUAAUCUCUAGAGAUAGUCAUAUCUUAAGAAAUCAUAAAGUGGAAGCAAUUUACAAUGUUAUCCUUAUAUGUGUUCUCAUUCUUAUUCAAGAUGUGAGACUUAACUCACACUUGGCAUUAGGUUAUCCUUACAUGUGUUCUCAUUCUUACUCAAGAUGCCUUGAAGCACUGAAGUAUGUUGAUGGCCUUCCAUUAGCAGCUGAAUUAUUGGGCUUCUUUUUAUUUGAUAGAGAUGUUUGUGAGUGGAGAAGUGCGUUGGUUAGACUGAAACAAAAUCCAAGGAAAGAUAUCAUGGAUGUGUUACGAAUAAGUUUUGAUGGAUUGGAGGAAAUGGAGAAAGAACUAUAUUUAGAUAUCGCCUGUUUUUCUUCUUCUUUCAAUGAUUUAUUGGAGAAAAUAACAAUGACAGGACUUUUGGAGUAUAGAGGAUUUUGUACUGAUGUUGGUUUAAAAGUUCUGAAUGAGAAAUCACCCAUAAGCUAUGAGGGUUCGGCUAUAAAGAUGCACGACUUGUUGAAAGAGCUGGGAGAGAGCAUUGAAGCCAAAAACCUUGAAGCCGUAGUCGUUAAAUAUUAUCCAAGUGCCCAAGUUGAGCGAGAUGGAAAACUAUACUUCAAAUCCUCUCAAGAAUCCUUAGUUAUGAGUAUUGUUAUUCCUGGAACUGAAAUUCCAAGGUGGUUCAUUAAGCAAAAUGUGGGUAGUUCAGUAAGACUGGAGUUGUAUCCCCUGAUGGAUGACCCAAAUUGGAUAGGUGUUGCUUGUUUUGAAGAACUAAGUGGAUGGAUAAAUGAAGAUUUUGCUCUUCAUGAACUUGUAUUCACACAUCCCACUACCAAGACUUCCUGUUCAGCUUUGAUUUUGUUGGUCAAAGGUUGUGGGUAUCGUUAUCUAUUCGAGGAGGAUAUUCAACCACUCAAAUCAAACAUCAUCUUCACUGCAACGUCCUCUUCUGGGAAACCCAAACUAUUAACAAACUGA